GGGGGGAGGAGGGGAAGUCCGGACAUUAACAAAUUCCCCCCGACGCUAUUUUUAGUUCAAACAUCCGGACAUGGCCGGGGGAAUCCGGAGGAAUGGUAACCCUGGCCCUUGGCCUGACGCCAGCUCUGGAACGCCCCACCCCGCUCCCGGCCUGAGCUGGGUGCAAGGAGCAGUCAGCUGGAGGGACUUUGGCAGCUCUCCCGCCCCGUCCGAUGUGCAUAACCCAAGGUCUUGACUCCCAGCCAGGCCAUCCCCGAAUCAGCCUCAUGGGAAGGCGGGGAGGGGAAAGCUGGUAACUCCCAGCACCUCGCCAGUUUUACACACACGCACUGCAGAGCUGCUGGGAGGUUGCGGUGCAGCCCCGGGUCACAGAGGCCAGCAGAGUCAUGCUUGUUCUGUGCACAGCCCUAGCCGGGCUGCUGCUCCUGCUACCCCUGCUGGUGAACCUGCUUUUCCCCUACUGGUGGCAGGACCUGGUCAUAUCACUGUCCAUCAUCCACAAGGGAUACAGAUGUCUGCGCCGGCUCCAGCGCCGCCCUCCCCUCACCCUGCUCGAUACCUUCUUGGAGAAGGUGCGGAGCCACCCGGAGAAAGCCCUGCUGCUUUUCGGGGAGGAGGUCUACACCUACCGGGACAUAGACCGGCGCAGCAGCCAGGCGGCUCGGGUCCUGCGGGACGGCGUGGGGCUGCGGGAAGGGGACUCGGUGGCCGUCUUCCUGCUGAACGUCCCCGCCUACCUCUGGGUUUGGAUGGGGCUGGCGAAGAUCGGCUGCGCCAUGGCGUGCCUGAACAGCAACAUACGCGCCCAGUCCCUGCUGCAUUCGCUCGGUGCCUGCGGGGCCACGGUGCUGCUGACCACCCCAGACCUCAAAGCCGCUAUUGAGGACGUUCUGCCCAGCCUGCAACAGAAAGGGAUCCGGGUUUUCUACCUGAGCGCCGAGUCCCCCACCAGUGGCGUGGAGCCUCUCCAGGGCCAGAUAGAUGCCGCCUCCGAGGAGCCGAUCCCCAUCGCUUUCCGAGCCAACGUCACCAGCAAAUCCACUGCACUCUACAUUUACACCUCGGGCACCACAGGACUCCCGAAAGCUGCCAUCAUCACCCACUUGAAGCUGUGCAACAUGGUGACCAUGUUAUACAUAAGUGGCGUCAAAGCCGAGGACGUGAUCUACACCCCUCUGCCGCUGUACCAUUCGGCUGCACUGCUCGUUGGACUUGGAGGAUGCUUGGAGGUUGGAGCCACCUGCGUCUUGCGUCCCAAGUUCUCCGUCUCCCAGUUCUGGGAUGACUGCCGGCGAUACCACGUCUCUGUGAUCCAGUAUGUAGGGGAGGUGAUGCGCUAUCUGUGCAACGCGCCCAAGAGGGAGAACGAACGAGAGCACAAAGUGCGGCUGGCUGUGGGUAACGGCCUGAGGGUGGAGGUCUGGAAGGAAUUCCUCCAGCGCUUUGGGCCCAUCUGCAUCUGCGAGUUCUACGGGGCCACAGAGGGGAACACUGGGUUCGUUAACUACACGGGGAAGAUUGGAGCGGUGGGAAGGGCCAACUUCAUCUAUAAGAUGCUCGCGCCCUUUGAGUUGAUCCGGUACAACGUGGAGCAGGAUGAACCCGUGCGAGAUGAGAGAGGGUGCUGCAUCCGAGUCCCCACCGGUGAGGCAGGGCUGCUGGUGGUGAAGAUAACGAAGAACACCCCAUUCAAUGGCUACGCGGGAGACCGCCAGAAGUCGGAGAAGAAGAUCCUGAGGAAUGUGAUGAAGAAAGGAGACCUCUACUUCAACAGCGGAGACCUCCUCAUGAUGGACCACGAGGGCUUCAUAUAUUUCCAGGACCGGGUGGGAGACACGUUCCGCUGGAAAGGAGAGAACGUUGCCACGACGGAGGUGGAGACGACGCUGGUGGCAGUGCAGUUCAUUCAGGAAGUCAACGUCUACGGGGUGCCGGUCCCAGGACACGAAGGCAAGAUUGGAAUGGCAGCAAUACGACUGAAGGAGGGGAUGGAUUUUGAUGGUGAAAAACUCUACACACACGCCAAGGAUUUCUUGCCAAACUACGCCAUUCCUCGCUUUGUCCGCCUGCAGGACGCUCUGGAGGUCACGGGGACGUUCAAGCAGUGCAAAGGGCAGCUGGUGAAGGAGGGGUUCAAUCCAGCUCUCAUCAAGGACCCCCUGUUCUUCCUGGAUGAAUCGGAGAAACGUUUUGUGCCCAUGAGCCCUCAGAUCUACAGCUCCAUCCUGGAAAUGAAACUGAAACUCUAAGAGUCUCACUGCUGCCUUCUGUAACUAAUGUGUUAACGGUCCUGGCAAUGAAGCCAGGAUGCCCCCAAUUUGGGUUUCUCAGGAUCCAUCCAAGGAGGGGUAAUUGCCUCCAGUUCUGUUCUAAUCUGGUGAUAAUCUCGUGAUUUUGUAAUGAUGGCUUUAUGCAUAUUCUGCUCUCCGAGAAUCUUGCAGAAAACAUAGGGUUUUUUUUCGCAGGAGGAAGGGGAGGUUCUUUAAAUGUGAAUUUCACCCUUGAAACAUCUCACCCUCUGUUGUAGCUCAUAUUGAACUCUGUGAUGUGGAAAAGAUUUGUGAUUAUAGAAGUGAGAAUUUUUUUUUUUUGGCGGAUAGUAAAUCCCUCCCUCCCCCCAAAUGCAUUUUUUGGGGCAUUGAAACUAUUUGCAAAUUCCGGUCAAGCCCUCCACGCUGAGGUAGGACCAAGUAACCCUAGAUCAUCCCUGAAAGUUGUUUGUCCAACCUGCUCUGAAAAACCUCCGAUGACAGGAAUUCUACAACCUUUUCCACAGCUUAACUACCCUUAUAGUUAGAAAGUUUUUCCUAAUAACUAACCUAAACCUCCCUUGCUGCAGAUUAAGCCCAUUAGUUCUUGUCCUACCUUCAUUGAACAGGCAGAAUAAUCGAUCACCAUCUUCUUUAUAACAGUCCUUAGCAUAUUUGCAGACUGUUAUCAGGUCCCCCCUUCAGCUUCCUUUCUGAAGACUACACAUGCCCAAUUUUUUCAACCUGUCCUCCUAGGUCAGGUGUUCUAAACCUUUAAUCAUUUUUGUUCCUCUCCUCGGGACUCUCUCCGAUUUGUCCACCAAUUCAGUGAAUAGUUUUGGCCAUAAAAAUCCCCCAAAACUAAAAUUUCGGAAUGGUCAAAACGGUUCAUUUUGAGCUGUGCCGCUCGAAGGACCUUUCCCAGACCUGAAGAAGCGUUCCAUGUGGCUCGAAAGCGCGUCUCUCUCACCAGCAGAAGUUGGUCCAAUAAAAGAUAAAAGAAGGGCCGUCAAAGAGUGGCUGCAUCUACCGGCCGACACCUGCAAUAGCUUCCUUUACACAAGAUCCAGGGAUGGAGGACUGGGAGUAACAAGGCUCGCUAGUCUCAUCCCAUCUAUUCAGGCAAGGCGGUUACACAGAAUUGCACACUCGGAAGACAUGACAAUUCGGUUCAUCGCAUUGGCUAAUGACAUUGAGAGUGAGUACCAAAGCCUGUGGCUGGCUGCAGGUGGGACCCAAGAUACUAUGCCUGCAAUAACAGAUCCUGUGACUAUUGAUCACAGACUACCACAGCGUGCCCUCGAACUGCUAAAUGAGUGGGAGAGGCCAGCUCCCAGGGUAAUAUACCCAAUCCCCUGCAAUUGGAGAGAUGCGGAAUUCUCCCAAGAACCAGCUGGUGACUGGGCUUGUGAGGUAUGUGCCAGGCGGUUUGGCACUAAAUCAGGCCUCUCUCAACAUAAGAGUCGAGCCCACCCUGUGGUACGAAACGCAGAGAGAAUCCUAGCCAGUCAACCUAAACAAAACUCGCAGCGUGGAAAACACAAAAGUUGUUGGUCGGCCGAGGAAGAGUUGCUCCUUACCGAUUUUGACAAAAUGUACUCGGGCGAAAAGUACAUUAACAAGUUAAUUGCUGAGGCAAUAAAGACCAAAACUGCGAAACAAGUAAGUGAAAAACGACGCUUGCUUAACCUCUACAGAAAAGAAACAUCUGGGAUCGCUGACUCAGGACCUGGAGCACAGAAACACAAUCUGGAAGUACAAUCUGAUACGCCCAUCUCCACUACUGGGCUCAAGAACAGCUAUAUGCGCACAAUUACUAACUGCUUAAGGGCCAACAAUCAAGGACCUCUACGCCAGGGCCUUGAGAAAUUCGAAGCGGAAGUUCUUAGCGCAUGGGUCGCGGGGGACCCCAAUAUCAGAUCGCUUGUUGAGACUACUUCCAUUGAUGUUCUCUCUUCCUUCCUAGCACCAGAACAUGAGCAUAAGCACAAGAAAAAAGGGAACACAAGGGGAUGCAAGCCAAACAGUGGAAAGGGCCAAUCCUGGAGGCAAAAAAGGGCGACCAAAAGAGGUACAUACAUACGCUUCCGAAGUGGGCUGUAGUCCACGAAAGCUUAUGCUCUAAUAAAUUUGUUAGUCUCUAAGGUG